AUGUCGAAAAGGGCUUGGAAUUUACGGGGAGAGACCCUAGCUCUGGCUCAAAUCCUUGCUGUCGUUUGUCCCGCGUACACGCUAUUUGGAUACAAUCAAUCUGGACUUGGAAGCCUUGUCUCCUUGCCAGAUUGGGUGAAACACUUCCCUGAGAUCGACACUGUCAACACCACCGGCCGCCAGGAAAGCUACAAUGCAACAAUUCAGGGGGUCGUCAUUGCUACAUUCACACUUGGUGCCUUGCCAGGCUGUCUAUCCUGCUCGUAUACAGCCGAUAAAUUCGGCCGGCGACCAGUCAUAUUUUUCGGUGGACUUUUCGCCUUGAUCGGCCAGAUCUUGGAAGCAUCUUCAUCGGAGCUUGCACAAAUGGUUGUCGGUCGUACUAUUCUCGGGGCUGGUAUUGGAAUCCUCAGUGGCACAGUCCCAACGUGGCAAAGCGAAUGCUCAAGUUCUAAAAACCGUGGUAAACACGUCGCGUUGGAUGGACUUUUCAUUGCACUAGGAUACAUGCUGCAAGCUUGGAUCAACCUUGGCUUUUAUCAAAAUCAGACCGGUCCCGUAACCUGGAGAGCCCCGGUAGCGAUUCCUAUUGUCUUCGCCCUUCUCCUUAUGGAUUAUUUCCCUUCCCGAGUCGCCUCAAUGGUUAGAGAGAUUGCCAGUAUUGAGAGUUCUCUCGAGGAGACAGCCAAUAGUGCAACCUCAUUGAUGGAUCUUCUCAAGAUGGGUGAAGACCGCCUGCUGUACAGAUUUGGCAUAUGCAUUCUUUUGCAAUUCUUCCAGCAGAUGUCAGGUGGAAAUUUAAUUUCUGUUUACUCAACGGUCAUCUUCGAAACGGGAUUGGGAUUAGAUGCGAACACAUCGCGUAUAUUGUCUGGUGGUACUCUCACUUGGAAAUUUCUUUCCUGCUUUGUUUCAUUCUUCACGAUUGAUCGAUUCGGUCGCCGGUUUGCCUUGAUGGUGAGUGGAGGUGGAAUGGCAGUUUGCAUGAUCGGUCUUGCCAUCUCGACAUCGUUUCCACACACAAAUUAUGCGGCCCAGAUUGUCAGCGUUUUGUUUGUCUUCCUGUUUAACUUCUUCAUUCCGAUCGGCUUUCUGGGAGCCAACUUCCUUUACUGCACCGAGGUUGCGCCCAUCCGACUUCGUGUUGCAAUGUCGAGUAUUUCGACAGCUAACCACUGGCUCUGGAACUUUGUGGUGACUAUGAUCACAUCGGUCGCUAUUGACACCAUCGGGUACCAAUACUACAUCGUCUUCACGUGUAUUGGCUUUUGCAUUCCCCUUUCAGUUUACUUCCUUUAUCCCGAGACAAUGGGACGUACACUGGAAGAGAUCGACUUGGUAUUCCGAGAAAGUCCAUCUGUGUGGGCUACUGUGCGAUUUGCGAAAAAGAGCGUUCAAGAGGUCCAGUCUAGCACAGAACAGGCGAAACAUGAAGUCGAGCAUGAGGAAUAUUAUAAUCCAUCUAUCGGCAAAUAG